CGGGGUCCUGUCAGAGGUCUUGGGCCAGAGACACUCUACACAAUGGCCAAACCAAAGGCGAAGAAAGCCAACACAGGCGGCGCAAACAGUCACAUUCGGGCUAGACUGGACUAUCUAAACAAAGCCGCUGCCUUUCUGCAGUCAACAGCUCAGCUACCAGGACCACCAGCCAGAGGCACUCCCAACGACCACAAUGAGGACGACAUGGACCUAUCCCCCAAUGCAGCACGUGUUGUCCCCCAGAUCACCGGCGUCCUCACCGACCAAAACCCCGCAAAUAGCCACAAGACUACUAGUACUACUACUACUACUACUACCCCUCAGCAUUUAACCCAACUCUCCCGCAACUACAUCUCCCAAAUGCGCGGUGUCUCCCUAAAGACCCGAACCCGGCUCCCCAUCGACGUCAAACGAUCGUUUUGCAAGCGCUGCGACACAAUCCUCACCCCAGGAAUCACCAGCACACAGGAGAUCCAAAACGCCAGCCGGGACCGCCGCAAGCCGUGGGCGGACGUGCGCGUCGUCCGCUGCGGCACCUGUCAAACGGAAAAGCGCUUCCCUCAAACGGAGAAGCGUAGCCGGAAACUACCAGACCGUCGGAAGGACAAGGAACAGAAGCAGGUCCAUGUCGUCGACGAAUCUUGAUUUCGGACCCUCCUUCGGCAAAAUCGAAAAAUAAAUAAAUAAAUGAAUAUCAAUAUUUAUUUCGACGCUAUUAUUUAUUUAUUCUUGAUUGUCGCCCCCACACCCCAUCUAGCAACCGCGCUUGGACCUGGCCAUAUGACUUGGGCUCGGGGAGG